CGAUCCAUCGGAAGGAAAGGGCCAUUCUCUCUCUCUCUUCUCUCUCUCUUGUUGAUCGAGUCUGGGACAGUCGAAGCUCGCUCGCUCCGUCCUUCUCGGAGCUUCAUUUCCCAGUGGUUCGUUCGAGCUCUUUCAAAUCUCCCGAAGCGGAUUUUCGCCGUGAACGGAGGAUGAGGCGCCAGCUUUUCGCAAUCGCCACGCGGAGCUGCCGCCGCCGCCGAGAGCAACCGUCCCUGCUCGUCUCGCGCUCAUUCUCGCGACUGAGCUCGCAAUCGGACCGGCCUUCGUUCGGCAUUGCCUUCGACAUCGACGGCGUAGUUCUCCUCGGCCAUGCUCCCAUCGGCGGUUCUCCCCGCGCGCUCAAGAGAUUGUACGAUGAUUCUGGGAAGCUGAAGAUACCUUUCGUGUUCUUGACAAAUGGGGGUGGAUUUUCUGAAUCCAAAAGAGCCCAGGACUUAGGUCAACUAUUAGGAGUCAACAUUUUACCUUCGCAGGUAGUUCGUCUCUUGUUUUACAAAAUCUGCUUGCCCUCACAGUUCUGCUUGUUGUCAGUUCCGGAAUUGCUUUGUUUUGUUUGCCUCUCAUCUUUUGACCAAGAUACUUUGCAGGUCAUACAGGGCCACACACCUUUUAAACAACUGGUAAAUAGAUUUGAGAACGAACUUGUCGUUGCUGUAGGCAAAGGAGAACCUGCUGCUGUGAUGUCUGAAUAUGGAUACAAAAAUGUUCUGUCAAUUGAUGAGUACACUAGCUACUUUGAUGCCAUUGAUCCACUGGCACCGUACAAGAAAUGGACAACUAAGCCAGACGUUGACCAGAAUAGCACUUCUAAGGAGAUGGCGAAGAGAAACAUUGCCGUGCAAACACAGAGAGUUAAGGCAGCAUUCAUGGUCAGUGAUUCUGUUGACUGGAGCAGAGACAUUCAGGUGCUCUGUGACUUAUUGAGAACUGGAGGGCUUCCUGGAAGGGGGACUGGAAAGCAACCGCACCUGUUUUUUGCAAAUGAUGACCUAGCAUACCAGGCUACUUUUCCUGCUGAACGUCUGGGUAUGGGGGCUUUCAGGAUUGCAUUAGAAGCAAUCUAUAAUAGAAUACAUCCCAUUCCGCUGGCGUUUACAUCAUAUGGGAAGCCAAAUCCAUUUGUCUAUGGAAAUGCUGAGACCGUGUUAAGGAAUCUUAUGCCAUCUUAUUUAAGCAACCUAGAUGUGGAGAAUACUACAAACUCUGGAAUUCGUUAUUUGAAAACCCUGUACAUGAUAGGAGAUAAUCCAAAAAUCGACAUUAGAGGCGCACGAGAGGCAGGAGAUCCUUGGUUUUCUAUACUAACAAGGACUGGGGUAUUCAAGGGAAAAGAUAAUCAUUCAGAGUUCCCUGCGGACUUGGUAGGUAUUUGUACUUUUAACAAAAUUCAGACAUCUCUCUAUCUCUCUCUCUUAUCUCUCCUCGUAUGUAUGUUGGGGUGAGUUGAUGGUAGGUUUCUAAGUGAGCGGAUCGUGUGCAUUCCAGCAUGUUCACUUCUUUGGUUUAGAGAUUUUAUACCUGUGAUCCUAGCGGAAAGUCUUGUUGAGACUGCAGAUCUUUGAUUCCACCGGGAAAACAUUAAGAAGUAAGUACAUUGUGUAAUCACUUAGGCCUUGUUUGGUUCACCUUGGAGUAAAAAAAACAGAAAAUGGAAUCUCAUUGGAACUCAUCUUUGGAUGGAUUUAUGAUCGCAGAAUCAAAGUGCCUAGGUAAUGGAUUCUUCUAAAAAUGCAGAAUUGGAAUUCUAAAGUAGAGGUGGUACUGGGAUUCCUAGAAAAGAAAAACAGUCGUGAACCCAACCCACUCAUUUGUCUGAGGUUCAUCAUCUUCAAAUCCUACAAAACUCUCUCUCUCUCUCUCUCUCUCUCUCUCUCUCUCCAUUCAUCAUCUUCAAAUCCUUCCCAUGUGAGUUUCGCCUGCCUCUUGAUUCCAUAGCCCUCACAUUCCUCUACUGGGUGAAAUCAUUUCUCUCUCUCGCCAUUGUGAAACUUGUUUGGAUUCUUUAUGAAGACGUCAGCUAUGAGCAUCACGUAGGCUUGGGUGGGGACACAAAGUUCCAUUUACAAACUCGGCUGAGUUGCUGUCACUCCAUUUGUUAUUGUGAUUGGGUCUUUGACUCAAAACAAGAUGAGGAUAAGAAUAUCACGAUGGCUUGAGGUAACUGCUGUGAAGUAGUUUGAAGGUACAUGGGAAUGGCUUCAUCUUCAUCGAUGCGGAUUUUGUGUGAAAUGCUUGACUCGCUUGAUUUUGACGAGUUGUAUAUAAUGGGUUUGUUGUGGACUGUAAAAUCAUUUAGAGAAAACAAUAAUCGGGAAAUUGUUGAGGGAUCUUAUGUGGUUCUUCAUUCUGUUUCUAUCCCUAGUUUUUCGCUAUCCGCUUUGUAUAUGUUGAUUGGAGAUGCAUUCCAUUUCUUACAUGUUUUAACCUCAUUUUGCAACUCACAUUGGACAUUUCUCUCUUCAUUGGUAAUUUGAAACCAAACAAUAAAGAAAGAAAGAACCCCACUCCCAGGAAUUUGAUUGCUUAGAUUGGAAUUCCUUUUCAUGAUUCCAUGGCCAUGAGCCAAACAUGGCCUUAAGUAUUUAAGGUGUCAGCGUGGAUAAUCCUCCCAUACUUAUAUACCUUGAUUUGCUAUGCUCUGGGUGAUCUGUAGUUUCUAACUUUGGUUGGGUGAAACAUGACUGAACGAACCUGUUCCCCCUUCAGCCUAGCAAAAUGUCGGUCUUUCAAAACCAUGCAUAAUGGAAAGCCACUUUUGUUGGGAGUUUGUCUUCUCUGAAAAAUUUCCAAGGUUAAAAAUGAAUUCGAAAAUCGCUCAUCCUAGUUGAACUCUUUUAUGUUU